AUGUCUCUCACCCAAGAGUCCCCGCCUGCCCAGCAGGUGCGACAUUUGACCUCCUCAGACUUGCUCAAGUCCCUUCUGCCUGCGACCAAACCUCUCAAUGUCAACAUGGAGGACGGAGACGGUGAAGGUGACUAUACGAUGUGUGCGACAGCCUACAAGAUGGCACUCGACCUCAUAUGUGGCUGCGCCGAAGCAGUCAAUGCGGAACUCCGGCGCCUGACAGACCAGGGCCGGUUCGUCCACACUUGUACGCCAACAGCGGAGCUGCCUACAGAGACAGAAGCGACCAGCACCACUGCCGCGAUAGCACCGGAGAUGCCAGCGGUUCUCGAGCAAGCAUUGGUCCAGCUUCAAGAUGACAUCAUACAGGGACCCUGGUAUGGCAAGCCAAACGCCUGGGAAGCACCUCUCGAAUGGCAGCGGUGGCUCUGCCAGAUUGCCGAGGACGUCAUUGUCAAGGCGAAGGUCGGAGAUGUCAUCGAGUCGGACCGGGACCAGAAUUAUCGUAACAGAAACCUCGGCAAAAUCCCGUUCAUGUCGGAUCUCUUCUUUGGCCACCGCUGGGACGCUAGUGAGUGGUGGUAUCUAGCGGGCGUCGUCUCCAAGGCAGGCCACUGGACCGCCGUUGUCUGCGACAGAACCAAGCUGAACCUCGAAGGCCUCUCGGGCCCUUCGACCUAUACCAUUGCCGAUGGCGGCGUCGGCGAGCCCGUGACCCUUCUGCGCAGCGAGCUGCUCAUCGGCUUCUACCUGCUAUGCUGCCAGAUGUCGAGCUGGGAACACUGCGAGUGGGACGACCUGCCCGCCUCGGAACAGGACGCUUACAAGGCGAGAGGGGGCUGCCGCAGCUACUUCAACAUGAACCCAGACUCAGGCCAGCUCGUGUUCCGCGACGAGCUGCCCGCCGAAGUGCACGUCACCGUCGUCACUGAGACCAGGAACUCUCUGCGCGUUGUGCAGCUCGCCUGCCGGACCAACAAGGACGAGGGCGCCGGCCGGUUCUCCAUCUGUGUCCGCCGCGUGAUCCCCCUGCCCGGCCAUACAGCCACCACCGGCGCCUCCACUUCCGGCGCCGCCGAGUCCAAGCCGGCGGGCAUCAGCGACCCAAGCACCGGCACAGGCAGCGGGCCUUCUACGUACAUGGAGGAGAAGCUCGACCUUCUGCGCUGGAUCCUCUGGCCUGCCAACCCUCACCCGCCUCCUGCUGCCGAGACAAAGUACAGCAGUGGUGACUUCUCUUCCUCCACCUCGUCCGCCUCCUCCACCUCGUCCGGGUCCUCCACCUCGUCCGCCUCCUCCACCUCGUCCGCCUCCACCUCAUGCCCUUGA